AUGCUGAAAAAGUUUAUACAAGUAGAAAUAAAACUUCCAACCAAUGAUGUAAAAUGUACUUGUGAACACUUCAACCUCUUUGGGACUUUGUGCAAACAUGCAUUCAACAUACUCAUGAAACAUGGAAUUAAGGAGAUACAUGAACAGUACAUUGAGAAUCGUUGGAGAAAGGAUGUGAUAUCAAGGCAUUAUAAUUUUGGUAGACAUGUAUAUGAUAUAGGAGACAGUGAAAUUAACAAAUCUGUCAAUCAAGCAUACUACAACUUUGAAGCAUGUUUGGAAUACGUAAGAAAAAAUAAAGAAAAAAUGGAUUUGUUUGUUAAGAAAACAGAAAGCAUGAUGAAGGAAUAUAAAAACGAUCCUACAAAUGAAUUGCAGAAGAAGAAUAGGACAGAUGUUGAAGAGGUAGGAAAGCUCAUGGGCAUAACUAUUCCAAAAGACAUUGACAUCAAUGUUCCAAAUGUUCAAAGCAAUAAAGGAUGCGGAAAGAAAAGUAGAAUUCAAAGUGUAGCAGAAAUAGCGUAUAAAAAUUCAAACAAGCAAACUAGAAGAUGCUCAGGAUGUGGAGAAAGGGCUCCUCAUAACUUGCAUACAUGCCCAAUCAAACUUGCAGCCGAACAAUCAUCAAAAGAUACAUAG